AUUCAUUCUUUUGCUCCUCGGAUUUGGGGCUAUCUUUUACAUGGGAGCCAGUACAUCUCCCAUCAUUGUGUUUGUCAUCUCUAUUUGUAUUCUCAGCUUCCUUGUGUCUAUAUAUCUUACAAAGUGGGUGCUUGCAAAGGAUGAGGGCCCCCCUGAAAUGGUUCAGAUAGCAGAUGCUAUACGAGAUGGAGCUGAAGGCUUCUUUAGGACCCAAUAUGGGAGUAUAUCCAAGAUGGCAAUGCUGCUUGCUCUUGUCAUUCUUUGCAUAUAUUUGUUUCGCAAUACGACAUGUCAUGUAUGUUCUGUUUCAGGUCAACUUCUGCUUACAUCACUGUAGCUGCAUUCCUUUUAGGUGCCCUUUGUUCAGGGAUUGCUGGAUAUGUUGGGAUGUGGGUGUCUGUUCGUGCCAAUGUCAGAGUCUCUAGUGCUGCAAGACGGUCCGCAAGAGAGGCAUUGCAGGUAGCUACUCGUGCUGGCGGUUUAUCUGCUAUCAUCGUUGUUGGUAUGGCUGUAAUUGGGAUAGCAGUUCUUUAUGCCACAUUUUAUGUUUGGCUUGGCGUGGACUCACCAGGGUCGAUGAAAGUUACUGAUCUGCCUCUUCUUCUGGUUGGAUAUGGAUUUGGUGCUUCCUUCGUUGCACUGUUUGCUCAGUUGGGUGGUGGAAUAUAUACAAAAGCAGCUGAUGUUGGAGCAGACCUUGUUGGAAAAGUAGAACAGGGAAUACCUGAAGAUGACCCUAGGAAUCCUGCUGUUAUUGCUGAUCUGGUUGGAGAUAAUGUAGGAGACUGUGCUGCUAGGGGUGCUGAUCUUUUUGAAAGUAUUGCAGCUGAAAUAAUCAGUGCUAUGAUACUUGGAGGAACAAUGGCUCAACGUUGUAAAAUUGAAGAUCCAUCUGGCUUCAUCUUGUUUCCUCUUGUUGUUCACUCAUUUGAUCUGGUAGUUUCGUCAGUUGGAAUAUUUUCAAUUAGGGGUACACGUGAAUCUGGAGUAAUGGCUCCAAUUGAGGAUCCAAUGACAAUUCUUCAGAAAGGAUAUUCUGUUACAAUAGUUUUAGCUGUUGUGGCGUUUGCUCUGUCUACACGGUGGUUGCUUUAUACUGAGCAAGCACCUUCAGCAUGGUUCAAUUUUGCUUUGUGUGGGCUCGUUGGUAUUAUUACUGCUUAUGUUUUUGUCUGGAUCACUAAGUAUUAUACUGACUACAAGCAUGAACCUGUGCGCACAUUAGCCCUUUCUAGCUCCACUGGUCAUGGGACUAAUAUAAUUGCUGGAGUCAGUUUGGGUAGCAAUUAUCUCAGCUUACUGGCUGGGCCAAACCUGUGGACUAGUAGAUGAGACAGGAAACCCAAUUGGUGGGCUGUUUGGCACAGCUGUAGCAACUAUGGGAAUGCUUAGCACUGCAGCUUAUAUUCUGACGAUGGAUAUGUUUGGCCCAAUAGCUGAUAACGCUGGAGGCAUUGUAGAGAUGAGUCAGCAGCCUGAAAGUGUCCGAGAGAUCACUGAUGUCCUCGACGCUGUAGGAAACACAACAAAAGCCACCACCAAAGGAUUUGCCAUUGGUUCUGCUGCUCUUGCAUCUUUCCUUUUGUUUAGUGCUUAUAUGGAUGAGGUUGCCGCAUUUGCUCAUCAACCUUUUAAACAGGUUGAUAUUGCAGUUCCAGAAGUUUUCGUUGGUGGGUUGUUAGGUUCCAUGCUUAUAUUUGUCUUUAGUGCUUGGGCAUGUUCUGCUGUUGGCCGAACUGCGCAAGAGGUUGUUAAUGAAGUAAGAAGGCAGUUCAUUGAGAGGCCUGGUAUAAUGGACUACAAGGAGAAACCAGACUAUGGUCGCUGUGUUGCUAUUGUAGCUUCGGCAUCAUUAAGAGAGAUGAUAAAACCUGGUGCUUUGGCAAUCAUUUCACCUAUUGUAGUUGGUUUCCUGUUUCGAAUUUUGGGUUACUACACAGGGCAUCCCUUACUUGGGGCUAAAGUUGUGGCAUCUUUGCUGAUGUUUGCAACUGUAGCUGGCAUUCUUAUGGCACUUUUCCUGAACACAGCCGGUGGUGCCUGGGAUAAUGCAAAGAAGUAUAUAGAGACUGGCGCUCUUGGAGGCAAGGGAAGUGAUGCUCACAAAGCAGCUGUAACAGGAGACACAGUUGGAGACCCUUUCAAGGACACAGCUGGUCCCUCGCUUCAUGUUCUCAUAAAGAUGCUGGCAACGAUUACGCUUGUAAUGGCUCCGGUGUUCCUGUGAUGUGAGAGUUGAUAUCUCUGCUGCGGCCAAUUUGAUUUUGAUAAUUUUGGAAGCAUAGGGAAGGGAUGGGAUAGGUUAUAUGCUUAUAUCUAUCAAUAUAUGAUGUGCAUCGAAUCGAAGAGCCUGCCUGAUUUUACAUCGUCAUGUAUACGGAAUUGUCCUGCCCCUCAUCGCUUGUGGGAAUAAAUAUGUUAAUUGACUGAACGUGGAGUGAAGUAGACAAAUAGUAAUGACUAAUGAGAAAUGAGGACUAUAAUUUUGGGUUUUGAUUGAAUGAUGGCAUCAUGUAUGUUGAAUUGUUAAUGACAUUUUUUUUUUAAAUA